AUUUUUCCACAAGAAGUGGCAGCAAGUUACAGAUCGGUAGCAGUUGACACAGGUCAUCUUAUACGUUUCUAAUAUAUAAUAUAUAUAUCUAAUACAUCUAAUAUAUAAGCCAUAUACAUCUAAUAUAUAAGCCAUAUAUAUAUAUAUACAUAUACACACUAGAUAUAUAUGUGAUGCCGGCUCUCUUGGGUCCCUUUAAGGAACACCUUGCAUGCCCUUCCAGUUCAGAAGCCUGGAGCAGGGUUGCCUGGCUGCCAUGGAGAACAAGGGUCAUUGCUUUGUUGGAAGUGGAGUGUGGGGGGCCAGGAGGGGGGGGAUUAGGGCAGGUCCCGGUGGGAAUCCCCCCUCCCUCUGAGCCCUCUUCCUUUGCCUGCUUACUUCCCAGAGACCCAGAGAUUAGGUGCCCAGCUAAAGAGAGGGUUAGGUAUGUUUAGAAAUUGGCCAGAGAGGCAAGGUACUGAGGCGUGACUGUGAAAAACCUUUGCAGGCACCAGGAGAGGAGUUGCCAGGAACCCCGGGCAGAAUGUCUCAGGAGAAUGACACAUGGAAGAAAGAGGCGCUGGGGGAUGAGCUCGCCGCCAUGAGGCUGCAGAAGCUGGAACAGCAGCGGCGGCUCUUUGAGAAGAAGCAGCGGCGGAAGCGCCAAGAGCCCCUCAUGGUUCAGGCCAAUCCCGACGCUUCCCUGCGGCCCCGGCGACCAUGGAGGCGGGAGGAGCGCCUCGCGGGUGACAGCGGCCUUGGGAACCCUUUCCUCCAGGAGAACGUGCCAGAGGCACAUCUGCGCUCUGGGGCCCACAGUGCCCUGGGCAUCGUCAGCUGCGGUGGAGAUGGCAGCCCACUGGCAUCGCCGACAGAAGGAGGUAAUCUCGAGUCCUUGGGCCGCCUAUACCCUAGAACUGCACUCCCACCAGAAUCCAGGAGUCUGGAACCUCAAUCCUUGCUCUCCAAAAACCCAGGAGUCCAGGCCCCCCACGGGCCCUGUCAUCCCUCACACCAAGGAGUCCAGAUCCUGAAACUACUCCUUCUCCAACACAGUUCCGAUCCGGAGUUGGAGGAAGUCUCCGUGGAGGAUGUUCUUGCUUCACCACCUCCUUAUAAAGAGCCUCUGGGGACUCGACGCAGGGGUUGGCCAGCCCGCCAACGACCUGGGGCCAGUGUGGAGGAAGAGAGUGAAUCCCAAGAUGUUGGAGAUGAAUAUGAGGCACCCGGUCCAGAACCAAACCCUAGCAUGGAUGGUGACCUGGGUCGUGGAGACUUAGCCUCCAACAAGGGCGAAGACUUGGAAGAGAAGAAAGAGGAGUCGGAGUCUACAGUGAGGAAUUCCCCACCCGCAGCCGAAGAGGAGGUGUCCGAGACCCCGGAAGGCGAGGUCGGCGCGGGCAGCAGCGAUGUGGGGAGCUCGCCCCGCUCGCCUCCCCGUGCGCCAGGCCCUCGGCUGGGAGAGGACGUGGAAGCUUGUGUGCUGCGGCCGGCGCUGCGCGGCCGCACGGUGCAGUGCCGCAUCAGCCGCGACAAGCGCGGCGUAGACGAGGGCAUGUUCCCCUUCUACUAUCUCCGCCUGGAGGCGGCCUACGGCCGGAAGCGCUUCCUCCUGGCUGGGCUCAAGAGGAAAAGGAGCAAAACCUCGAAUUACCUCGUUUCCCUGGACCCCACAGACCUGUCUCGGGAUGGGGACAACUUUGUGGGCAAAGUCAGAUCUAAUGUCUCGGGCACCAAGUUCACCAUCUUUGACAAUGGGGUGAAUCCUGAAAGGAAGAAUUUCCUCCCCGAGACCGCUCGCAUCAGGGAGCUGGGGGCUGUGUGUUAUGAGACCAACGUCUUGGGAUUCCGAGGGCCCCGGAAAAUGGCUGUGAUCAUUCCAAGAAUCGAUUCCGAGAACUGGAGAAUCAGCGUCCAGCCUCAAAACGAACAGGAGUCGCUACUGAGUCGCCUCCAACGGGCGGCCAGCCAGGGGCUGGUCCUGCUGCAAAACAAACCCCCGUCGUGGAACGACGAGAGCGGCGCCUACGUACUCAAUUUUCAUGGUCGAGUCACUCGGGCCUCGGUCAAGAACUUCCAAAUCGUGCAGCCGGAUGACCCGGACUACCUGGUGCUCCAGUUCGGCCGCGUGGCCCCAGAAACGUUCACCAUGGAUUUCCGCUUCCCGCUUUGCCCGCUCCAAGCCUUUGCCAUCUGCUUGUCCAGUUUCGAUGGCACGCUGGCCUGUGAGUAAUCCAGUGAAAUACCAUGCCCUCACCAGCUUCUGUGCCUGCUCAUUUGGAGAAAGGGCCCCCGCAUGCCUUCUUUUGCACCACCUUACUCAUAACCAACCCAUCAUACUCUGCCUGGGUGCCCAGUCCUGUGCUCCAGGGGAGUAGGGCUUUCAGCAGCACCUGCUUUCGCAGGACUCAGUCAUGGGAGAUGGGUCUUAACAAAAAAUUAAAAUGCGCCUCUGCUAGGAAGGAGAAAAGCACGCGGAGGCCCAGGUCAGCUGGGUCAGAUCAAGGUAUCCCUAAAAAAGUGAUUUCCACACCACAUCUGAAGAAUCACGAGAAACCAGGGCCAGAGGGGUCAGGGGUGGGAACAUCAGGCAGUAGGCACAGCUCAUACAAAGGUCUUAAGGUGAAAAGGGGCUUGAUCCGUUUGGGAAAAUGAAAAGAUAGUGUGGCAGGAGCCUGGGGAACCACUGGAGAGGGGCAGGGUCAGAGGCUCCACACCGGGCAGGAUGUUUGAGCCACUCUGCUUUCAGCUGCUGGAUAGAUCUCAUGGGGUCAGAAAAGACUUCUGAGUUGGAGAUGUAAACUUGGAUGGGUAAUUCAAGACAUGCAUGGGUGAGAGUGAGAAUAAUUACAAUACUAGCUACGCUUAUUUAACAUUUGUUAUUUGGCAAGCAUUGUUUUAAAUAUGGAUUUGGGAUGCUUGGCUGGCUCAGUCGGUGGAUGGUGGGAUCUUGAUUUCAGGGUUGUGAGUUCAAGCCCCUUGCUGGGUGUAGGGAUUACUUAAAAAUGAAAUCUUAAAAAAAAUUAAAAAGGCAAAUAAAUAAAUACGAACUCUUUUGGGGCCUUUCGAUCCUAUAAGGCAUGUGCUAUUGUUAGCCACAUUUUAUAGGUAAGAAAACAGUCUAUGGAACAGGGCUUUAAAAAGGUGAAAUUGGGUCACUGAAAGCCUUGAGCAACUCACCAUUUAAAGGCCAGCAGGAGGAUGAGUAUAUUCCAGGGAGGCACAGAAAACUGGAAUCGAACCCUUUUUUAGUGAUCAGUGAGUCCAGCUCCCAGCCCCUUUGGGGAGAUAAUCGUCCCAAGUUUAAUAAAAUUGAGGCCGAUGCCAGAGAAAAACUACAAGACCCACCAGCCCUUAGUUCAAAAGAAGCCUCAGGACAAGAAGAG